AUGCAGAUUCCAGGGCCAGAGGGAUUUAUCCGGAGGGCCGAGGCUGGGGCUGGGGGGAGGGGGGGGGGUUAGAGGGGGGGCGGCUCCGGGCCUUUGUGCACGCCCCCUUCUCAUCAACUAGCGGGCCGAGAGAGACAGACAAGAGGAAAGCAGCAGCAUCCCAGGGCCAGUUCCCCCCCCCACAGCUCCUCCAUCUGCACCGCGGAGCUGGACGGACCGGCCACAAUGUGGAGAGCACCGCUACUCCGACUCCUCCUCGUCUUCUGCGUGUGCUGCGUGCGAUGGUGCCACUCUGAGGGAUGUGAAUCGGGGCAGUUCCGCUGUGGGACAGGCCGAUGUAUCCCAGGUAACUGGCGCUGUGAUGGGACAUCAGACUGUGUGGACGACUCUGAUGAGCAAGACUGCCCUCAGGUAACAUGUGAUGACAGUCACUUCCAGUGCUUGAGUGACGGUGAGUGUAUCCCUGAUCGGUGGGUGUGUGAUGAUGAGGAAGACUGUGAGGAUGGUUCCGAUGAGAGGCAGCACUGCCCUGGACAAACGUGCACCAGUGACCAGUUCAGCUGCAGUAACGGGGCGUGCAUCCCGGGAGAAUACCGGUGUGACAGACUGGCGGACUGCUCAGAUGGGUCGGAUGAGAGAAACUGCCAUUACCCAGAGUGUACACAGUUGAGAUGUGCUAAUGGGGCGUGCUACAACCGGACCCAGCGAUGUGACCAGAGACUUGACUGCCGCGAUGGCUCUGAUGAGGCGAACUGCACACAGCAAUGCAACACGGGCCGGUUCCCGUGCCAUAACGGCGAGUGUAUUCCUCAACGCUACAUCUGUGACCAUGACGACGAUUGUGGAGACAGAAGUGAUGAGAUAAAUUGCACAUAUCCUACCUGUAAGGGCAACUACUUCACCUGCCCAAGUGGCCGCUGUAUCCAUCAAGUCUGGCUUUGCGAUGGAGAGGACGAUUGUGAAGACAAUGCUGAUGAAAAAGGCUGCGAUAAUGUGGCGAGAGAGUGUUACCCAGGAGAAUGGCCCUGUCCCUCCUCGGGCCUGUGUAUACCCAUGGAUCAGCUGUGUGACGGGACAACGCACUGUCCCGACGGAGAGGACGAGACAAACACCACUGCCGGCCGCAACUGCAGUAUCUGGAGAUGUGCCACUCUCAGCUGCGAGUACCGGUGUCAGGCUUCUCCUGAAGGAGGGAGCUGUUCGUGUCCUUCUGGUUACAUUGUCAACAGCAACAAUAGUCGCUCAUGUAUAGACUUCGAUGACUGUUCGAUGUGGGGUGUGUGUGACCAGCUGUGUGAGGACCGGGUCGGCUCCCAUCGCUGCAGCUGCCGUGAGGGCUACACGCUGGAGCAGCACAGACACUGCAGAGCCGACGUCUCCACUGGAGUCCCUUCUUUGAUAUUUUCGGAUGGCAGAGACCUUUUGAUAGGUGACGUCCAUGGCAACAAUCUUCGCACUUUGGUCCAUUCACAGAACAGAGGCGUUGCAGUGGGAGUGGACUUCCACUACACUCUGCAAAAGAUUUUCUGGACUGAUACCAUUCAGAAUAAGGUGUUUUCUGUGGAUAUGGACGGUUCCAACAUGCAGGUGGUUUUAAACGUAUCAGUUGACUACCCAGAGAACUUGGCUGUGGAUUGGGUGAACAAUAAACUGUACGUGGUUGAGGCCAGCGUCAACAGGAUUGACAUGGUGGAGUUUGAUGGAGGUAACCGGGUCACGCUCAUCACCGAAAACCUCGGAAACCCUAGAGGACUGGCACUGGACCCCACUGUAGGGUACAUGUUCUUCACAGAUUGGGAGGCGGAGAAUGGACAGCCAGGCCUGGAGCGGGCUUUCAUGGACGGCACAAACCGUCACGGCAUCGUUUGGAGUAAACUGGGCUGGCCAGCUGGUCUCACAGUGGACAUCGAGGCCAAGCGCAUCUACUGGGUGGACAGUCGCUAUGACUACAUCGAAACGGCAACAUAUGAUGGCCUCCACAGAAAAACAGUGGUCCAUGGAGGUGCUGUGAUCCCACACCCAUUUAGCAUCAGCCUGUUUGAGCACAGUGUCUAUUUCACGGACUGGACCAAGAUGGCCGUGAUGAAAGCCAACAAGUUCACCGACAGCAGUCCUCAGGUGGUUUACAGCACAGCUCAGACUCCACAUGGAGUAGCAGUGAUACAUCAGCUGAAUCAGCCUCAAGUGUCGAACCCUUGCAGUGUAGAGAGAGGUGGCUGUGAGCAGAUCUGUGUUCUGAGUCACAGGAGUGACAAUGGAGGACUGGGUUACAGGUGCAAAUGUCGCAUGGGCUAUGACCUCCAUGCUGAUGGAAAGCGUUGUUUGGCUGUGAGGCAGUUUCUGCUGUUCUCCAGCCAGCUCUCUGUGAGAGGGAUCCCCUUUAACCUCUCAACGCAGGAAGACGUCAUCCUGCCCAUCACUGGAGCCCCUUCCUACUUUGUUGGGGUGGACUUUAGUGCCGAAGACGAUGCCAUCUUCUUCUCAGAUACAACCAAAGAUAUCAUCUACAAACAGAAAGUGGAUGGGACAGGCAGGGAGGUACUGGCAGCCAAUAGAGUGGAAGGUGUGGAGGACCUGGCUUACGACUGGAUUUCAAAGAACCUCUACUGGACAGACCCGCGAUACCGGAGCAUAUCUGUCAUGAAGCUGGCUGAUAAGUCGAGGAGAGCCAUCGUACGUAACCUCAACAACCCGAGGGCCAUCGUGGUGCAUCCUCUCCUCGGGUAUAUUUUUUGGACUGACUGGUAUCGGCCAGCGAAGAUUAUGAGGGCAUGGGGUGACGGGUCACAUGCCCUGUCUAUUGUAAACACCAGUCUCGGCUGGCCAAACGGCCUAGCUAUCGACUGGAGCGCAAUGCGUCUGUACUGGGUGGAUGCGUUCUUUGACAAGAUUGAGCACAGCAAUUUUGAUGGAAAGAACAGGCUUUCCUUGGAUCGCAUUACCCAGAUCUCCCAUCCAUUUGGUCUCACCAUUUUUGAAGGUUAUGCAUAUUUCACCGACUGGCGCCUGGGUGGCAUCGUACGUGUGCGCAAGACUGACGGUGGGGAGAUGGUCAUCAUCAGAAGAGGAAUCAGCCACAUCAUGCAUGUCAAAUCCUUCAACUCCAACUCUCAGAUUGGUUCCAACUUCUGCAACAGGCAGACGAACCCUAAUGGAGACUGCAGCCACUUCUGCUUCCCAGCCCCGGACUCUCAGCGGGUGUGUGGUUGCCCAUACGGCAUGAAGCUGUCGCCCAAUCAGCAGACGUGUGUUGAGGACCCUUCCAGCGAGCCCCCCACUCUGCAGUGCGGAGCCAAUUCUUUCUCCUGUGGCAACGGCAAAUGUAUCCCAAACAGCUACAGAUGCGACGGUGUUGAUGACUGCCAUGACAACAGUGACGAAGUCAACUGCGGAAUCAACAACAACACUUGCUCCCCCACUGCAUUCACAUGUGCCAAUCAGCGCUGUGUGCCGGCCAGGUGGCGCUGUGAUGGGCACAAUGACUGUUUCGAUAACAGCGAUGAGAUCAGCUGCCCCACACACGUGCCUGGAACAUGUCCUGCCGAUCAGUUCACCUGCACCAACCAUCGCUGCAUCCCACAAACUUGGCGUUGUGACACUGAUAAUGACUGUGGUGACAGUUCAGAUGAAGCUGACUGUCAUCUGAGGAGCAUUUGUAAUCCUGGACAGUUUCAGUGUCCAGACCACCGCUGCAUAGAUCCCAGCUAUGUCUGUGAUGGAGACAGGGACUGUGUGGAUGGGGCAGAUGAGCAGGGAUGCAUCUAUAACUGCACUGUGAAUGAGUUCAAGUGCUCCAGAGGUCACCAGUGUAUCAACUCCUACUACAAAUGUGAUGGAGUCUUUGAUUGCAGCGAUCGCUCAGAUGAACGAAACUGUCCGACCAGGCCUCCAGGGAUGUGCCACCAUGAGAGUGAGUUCCAGUGCCAGUCAGACGGCAGCUGUGUCCCGUCCACCUGGGAGUGUGAUGGUCAUCCAGACUGUGAGGACGGCAGCGAUGAGCACCACGCCUGCCCACCUCGCACCUGCCCCUCCACACUCUACCGCUGUGACAAUGGCAACUGCGUGCUGCGCAGCUGGAUUUGCGAUGGGGACAACGACUGCAGGGACUCGAGCGAUGAACGAGACUGUCCCACGCCGCCUUUCCGAUGUCCGAGCUGGCAGUGGCAGUGCCCGGGCCACAGCGUUUGCAUCAACCUGACCACAGUGUGCGACAACACUCCUGACUGCCCUAACGGAGCUGAUGAGUCUCCUCUUUGCAAUGAGCCUUUGCCAGAUCAGGAGAGCUGUUCUGACAACAAUGCCGGCUGCACCCACGGUUGCAUCCAAGGGCCAUUUGGGGCCCAGUGCACGUGUCCUCUGGGUUAUCAACUGAGCAACGACUCCAAAACCUGUCAGGAUAUAGAUGAGUGUAAUCCCCCUGGACUCUGUAGCCAGCACUGCUUUAAUGAGAGAGGUUCUUUCCGCUGCCACUGCCAGGACGGUUAUACUCUUGAAGCAGACCAACGGACCUGCAAGGCCUCAGAUUCCCGUCAGGCCUACCUGCUCGUGGCCAGUCGAAAUCAGAUCAUGCAAGAUGACAUAACAACUCAGCCCAACGUCGUCCGCUCACUGGUUCGAGAUGGACGCAACAUUGUGGCCCUAGACUUUGACUCGGUUGAGGACCGUGUUUACUGGUCUGAUACCAGCCAGGACAGAAUCUGGAGCGCUCACAAAAACGGCAGUGACAGAACUGUGAUAUUUGACAGUGGAGUGACUGUGACAGAGAGCCUUGCUGUAGACUGGGUGGGAAGGAACCUUUACUGGACUGACUUUGUCUUGGAGACUAUUGAAGUUUCUAAGCUGGAUGGAACCCAUCGGACGGUAUUAGUCAGUGAAAACGUCACUAAUCCUCGAGCCCUGGUGCUGGACCCAAGGGACAGUGCUCACCUGAUGUUCUGGACCGACUGGGGGAGGAACCCCCGCAUUGAGAGGGCCAGCAUGGAUGGAAAAUUGAGGACCGUUAUCAUAAGCAACAAACUGUACUGGCCCAAUGGUCUAACCAUAGACUACCCAAACAACUUGUUGUACUUUGCUGACGCCUACUUGGAUUUUAUUGACUACUGCGAUUAUAACGGCAACAACAGGAAACAAGUUCUUGCCAGUGACCUGGUACUGCAACAUCCCCACGCAAUUACCAUUUUUGAGGAUUUUGUGUAUUGGACCGACAGAUAUAUCAACCGUGUGAUGCGAGCCCAUAAGUGGCAUGGGGAGAACCAAACAGUGAUGCUGUUCAACCUCCCUCAGCCCAUGGGUCUGGUGGCAGUACACCCAGCCAGGCAGCCGGCAGGUGAAAAUCGCUGUCUAAGGAGCCCCUGCACUCACAUCUGCUUGCUCUCGGCGCUGGGACCGAGCUAUUACUCGUGCGCCUGCCCCUCAGGCUGGACACUGGCAGCAGACCAAAUCACCUGCACCAGAGUUGAGGAUCCCUUCCUGGUCGUUGUGAGAGACAGCAUCAUCUAUGGAAUUUCCUUGAACCCAGAUGACAAGAGCAAUGAUGCGAUGGUCCCUGUAGCUGGGCUUCUGAAUGGUUAUGAUGUGGAUUUUGAUGACAAUGAACAGACCAUCUUCUGGGUGGAGCACCCGGGUGAGAUCCACAGGGUGAAAUCAGAUGGGACUAACAGGACAGAGUUUGCCCCAGCAGCCAUCCUGGGCUCGCCUGUUGGCCUGGCCUUGGACUGGUUAUCAGAGAACCUAUACUACACCAACCCAGCUACACAGUCUAUUGAGGUUUUGACGUUGAGAGGCGAGGUGCAGUACAGGAAAACUCUAAUCACAAAUAACGGCUCUCCAACUGGCGCUGGAAGUCCUGUUGGCAUCGCCGUGGACCCAGCACGUGGCAAACUGUACUGGACGGAUCAGGGGACAGAGAGUGGAAUUCCUGCCAAGGUGGCAUCUGCAGACAUGGACGGCCUAAACCCAGUCACCCUGUUCACCAACAACUUAGACCAUGUUGAGUUCCUCACUGUUGACAUCCAAGAGAACAAGCUGUACUGGGCUGUUAAAAGUUCUGGCUCGAUUGAGCGCGGUGAUCCAGAUGGGACUAAUCGUAUCACCAUAGUGUCCGGCCUGUCUCACCCCUGGGGUGUGGCGGUCUAUGAAAACUACCUCUACUUCACUGACCGCGACUUUGAGGUCAUAGAGCGUGUGGACAAGUCCACGGGCGCCAACAAGGUUGUGCUGCGGGACAACGUUUCUGGCCUCAGAGUUCUGAAAGUGCAUUACAGAGAUACUUCUGCAGGCUCAUCCAACGGCUGCACCAAUAACGUGGGAGUGUGUGAGCAACUCUGCUUGCCACGGCCACAGGGUCUGUUUACUUGUGCGUGCGCCACGGGUUUUAAACUCGGUGCUGACAACACGACCUGCGCUCCCUACCAGUCCUAUGUCAUCAUCUCCACUCUGUCUGCGAUCAAAGGCUUCAGUCUGGAGGGGGAAGAUCACUCUGAGGCCAUGGUGCCUGUGGCUGGGAGAGGCCGUAAUGCCUUACACAUUGACGUACACAUGGCGUCUGGUUUCAUCUACUGGUGUGACUUCAGCAGCACCGUGGCGAUACAGAACGGGGUCAGACGGAUCAAGCCAGAUGGCUCAGGAUUACGUAGCAUAGUGACAUCUGGAAUUGGACGUAAUGGCAUACGAGGCAUCGCUGUCGACUGGGCUGCAGGGAACUUGUAUUUCACCAACGCUUUCCUGACUGAGACGUAUGUGGAGGUGCUCCGCCUGAACACGACUUUCCGCAGGGUGCUCCUGAAGACCCAGGUGGACAUGCCACGCCACAUCGUUGUGGAUCCCAGAAACAGAUACUUGUUCUGGGCUGAUUAUGGCCAGAACCCCAAAAUUGAGCGAGCACUCUUGGACGGGACCAAUCGCACAAUUCUAGUGUCAUCAGGCAUCAUCACACCACGAGGUCUCGCUCUGGAUGGGCAAACUGGCUACGUCUACUGGGUGGAUGACUCCCUGGAUAUGAUUGCUCGAGUCAGCCCUCAAGGAGGGGAGACGGAGAUCGUGAGGUAUGGCAGCCGCUAUCCGACUCCUUACGGGAUCACAGUGUUCGAGAAGAGCAUCAUUUGGGUGGACAGAAACCUGAAGAAGGUGUUUCAAGCGAGCAAAGAGCCUGGGAGCACAGAGCAACCUGCUGUGAUCAGAGACAACGUCAACAUGCUGAGAGACGUCGCCAUCUUCGACCAGCGUACUCAGCCAAUCACCGCUCAGGAGCUCAACCACAACCCCUGCUUUGAGGCCAAUGGAGGCUGUGCCCACUUCUGCUUCGCCCUGCCAGAUUCUACCAUGGACAACCAGUACAAAAAAUGCAGCUGCGCUUUUGGGAACCUUGCAGCAGAUAACGAAAGCUGCGUGGUGUCAAGGGACGAUUAUCUCAUCUACACAACUGAGAGCACAGUGCGCAGCCUGCGCCUUGACUCUGAAGACCACUCGUUGCCCUUCCCUGUGGUCAACGUUCCUCGCACCUCCGUGGCGCUGGAUUUUGACAUCUCUGACAGAAGGGUCUACUUCACUCAGAGCUCAGGCGCAGGAGCAAGCAAGAUCAGCUACAUCAGCCUGUCCUCUCCCACCUCAGCCCCCGUAGUGGUGGCAUCGGAUCUUGGCGCUCCUGAUGGCAUUGCUUUUGACUGGAUAAACAGAAGGAUUUAUUACAGUGACUAUGUUAACCAGACCAUCAGCUCCAUGUCUGUGGAUGGCUCUCAUAGGACUGUUAUUGCCCAUGUGACUCGACCAAGAGCCAUCAUGUUGGAUCCUUGUAGAGGAUACAUGUAUUGGACAGACUGGGGAACCCAUGCAAAGAUUGAGCGCGCCACUUUAGGUGGAAACUUCAGAACAGAGGUUGUGAACAGUAGUCUGGUGUGGCCUAAUGGACUCACGCUGGACUAUGAGGAAGAGAGGCUCUAUUGGGCGGAUGCCAGCUUACAGAAGAUUGAGCGAUCCUCUCUCACCGGGUCCAAUCGGGAGGUCAUCGUCGGCACGGCCAUCUACCCCUUUGCCCUGGCCAUGUUCGGCCAAUUCAUCUACUGGACUGACUGGAACACACGUAGCAUCUAUCGGGCCAACAAGCACGACGGUUCCGAUCAGCAGGUCAUGAUUCAGAGCCUUCCGUCUCGACCAAUGGACAUCCACGUGGUAGCCAGCAGGAAGCAGCAGCAGUGCGACAGCCCCUGCCAGCAGUUUAACGGAGGCUGCAGCCAUAUCUGCACAGCAGGACCUAAUGGAGCUGAGUGUCAGUGUCCGUCUGAGGGUCGCUGGUACCUGGCUGACGACAAGCACUGCAUCCCUGACAACGGGACUCGCUGCCAGCCUGGACAGUUCACCUGCCUGAACGGCCGCUGCAUUCAUGCCCAGUGGAAAUGUGACAACGACAACGACUGUGGAGAUGGCAGCGAUGAGUUAGAGAGGGUCUGUGGACCUAAACCUCAGUUCAACUAUGUUGUCCCACAGUUGCUGUCGUCUUUUAUUGCAUUGUCAGCCUUCCACACAUGUGAGCCCACUGUGUUUAGCUGUGGUAAUGGGCGCUGUGUGCCCUACCACUACCGCUGUGACCACUAUGACGACUGCGGAGACAACAGCGACGAAGUGGGCUGUCUGUUCCGACCUUGUAACCCCAACAUCGAGUUCGCCUGCAACAACGGCCGCUGCAUCGCAAAGGAAUAUGUCUGCAACGGCAUCAACAACUGCUACGACAACGGCACCUCCGAUGAACAAAACUGCCCGGAGAGAACCUGCCAACCAGAACACACAAAAUGUCAGUCUACCAACAUCUGCAUCCCACGAUCAUACCUGUGUGACGGAGACAACGACUGUGGGGAUUUGAGUGAUGAGAGCCCUACUCAUUGUGCAACAUCCACAUGUUCCCAGAGUGAGUUCCGUUGCUCCAGCGGCCGCUGCAUCCCCGCCCACUGGCACUGUGACGGAGGGGCGGACUGCUCCGACGGCUCUGAUGAGCCCCUCUCCUGCAUCACAUCGGUCAGGACCUGCAACACAGACCAGUUCCGCUGUGACGACGGCAGGUGCAUCGCCGCGUCCUGGAUCUGUGACGGGGACAAUGACUGUGGGGACAUGAGCGAUGAAGACGAGAGACAUAAUUGUGCCAAUCGCACAUGUUCAAGUUCAGAGUUCACCUGUGUGAACAACCAACCUCCUCAGCGGAAGUGCAUCCCCCGCGACUGGUUGUGUGACGGAGACGCAGACUGUGCGGACGGAUUAGAUGAGCAUCAAAACUGCUCACGCAGAUCCUGUGGCAUCAACGAGUUCACCUGUAACAACGGCCUCUGCAUACGAAGCUCCUACAGGUGUGAUCGGCGAAAUGACUGUGGCGACAGCAGCGAUGAGCAGAGCUGCACCUACCAGCCGUGCCAGCAGCACCAGUUCACCUGCCACAACGGCCGCUGCGUGUCCCACGACUUUGUCUGCGACGGGGACAACGACUGCGGCGACGAGUCGGACGAGCUGGAGCACAUGUGCCACACGCCGGCGCCGACCUGUCCUCCUGCAGAGUUCAGAUGUGAAAAUGGCCACUGCAUCCCCCUGAGCCAGAUGUGCGACAGGAACGACGACUGCUCUGACAACAGUGACGAGAAGGGAUGCGGUAUCAACGAAUGCACCGACCCAUCCAUCCAUCACUGCGACCACAAUUGCACCGACACGCCCACCAGCUUCAUCUGCACCUGCCGGCUGGGCCACCACCUCAUGUCCGACGGCAAAACGUGUGACGAUGUGAACGAGUGCGAGGUGACACCGGGUGUGUGCAGCCAGGUCUGCGAGAACACCGUGGGUUCCUACGUGUGUAAGUGCGCCCCGGGAUUCCUGCGAGAGCCCGACGGCCACAGCUGCCGCCAGAACAGCAAGAUCUCCCCUUACCUCAUCUUCAGCAACCGCUACUACCUGAGGAACCUGUCCACAGACGGGCAGGCCUACUCUCUGAUCCUGCAGGGCCUGACCAGCGUGGUGGCGUUGGACUUUGAUCGCGUGGACAAGCGCCUCUAUUGGAUCGACGUGAGCCGGCGAGUCAUAGAGAGGAUGUCCUUCAACGGCAGCAACAGAGAGGUGGUGGUCAACGGUGUUCUACACGGGGAGGGCCUAUCGGUCGACUGGGUGGCGAGGAAACUCUACUGGGUGGACAGCUUCUUGGAUUGUCUCAAAGUGUCAGAACUGGACGGGCGAUUUGUGAAGAAACUGGCUGAACACUGUGUCGAUGACAAUAAUACCUACUGCUUCGAGAACCCCAGAGCCAUUGUGUUGCAUCCAAAAUAUGGAUACGUGUACUGGACAGACUGGGGAGACAAAGCGUUUAUAGGCCGUGUUGGGAUGGAUGGACUCAACAAAGCAGCCAUCAUCACCACCAAGAUCGAGUGGCCCAACGGCAUCACCAUCGACUACACCAACGACAAGCUCUACUGGUCCGACGCUCAUCUCAAUUACAUCGAGUUCUCAGACUUGGACGGUAAACACAGACACACAGUGUACGAUGGAGAUUUGCCUCAUCCGUUCGCCCUGACUGUGUUCGAGGACUUUGUCUACUGGACGGACUGGAACCUGCGCACGGUGGAGAAAGGCAACAAGUACGACGGCUCGGGUCGGGAGGCGCUGGUUAACACCACACACAGGCCGUUUGACAUCCACGUGUGCCAUCCCUACAGACAGCCCAUCGUAAACAACCCCUGUGUGGUGAACAAUGGCGGCUGCUCUCACCUGUGCCUGAUCCGUCACGGAGGGCGAGAACACGCCUGCGAAUGCCCCGAUCAUUUCAUGACCGUUCAGAUCGGCGGCCUGACCCGAUGCCUUCCCAUGUGCACCAGCACCCAGUACAGAUGUGCCAACAACGAACGUUGUAUUCCUAUCUGGUGGAAGUGUGAUGGUCAGAGCGACUGCAGAGACGGCUCUGAUGAGCCCCCUACCUGUCCACCUCGCCACUGCAGGCUCGGACAGUUUCAGUGUAACGAUGGAAACUGCACGAGUCCUCACUUCCUCUGCAACAGCAACCAGGACUGUCAUGAUGGCUCAGAUGAAGACCCUAUCCUUUGUGCUACACACCAGUGUGAAUCCCACCAGUGGCAAUGUGCCAAUAAGCGGUGUGUCCCCGAGUCGUGGCAGUGUGACGGAGAGGACGACUGUGGGGAUCAAUCGGACGAGGACCCUGCCCACUGCUCCGCCAGGACCUGUCGCCCCGGGCAGUUCAAGUGCCGUAACGGACGCUGUAUCCCCCAGAAGUGGAAAUGUGAUGUCGAUGACGACUGUGGUGACAGCUCUGAUGAACCACUAGAGGAGUGCAUGGGUCCAACAUAUCGCUGUGACAACCACACAGAGUUUGACUGCAAGACCAACUACCGCUGUGUGCCGCUGUGGUCCGUGUGCAACGGACACAACGACUGCAGAGACAACAGCGACGAGCAGGGCUGUGAUGAGCUGACCUGUGAUCCUACCGGAGACUUCCGCUGUGGUAACAACCGCUGCAUCCCAGUGAGGUGGACGUGUGAUGGGGACGACGACUGCGGGGACAAUUCAGAUGAACGCACCUGCACUCCACGCGUGUGCACAGAGAGUGAGUUUCGUUGCGAUAAUCUGCGCUGCAUUCCCGACCGUUGGGUCUGUGACCAUGACAACGACUGUGAGGACAACUCGGAUGAAAGGGACUGUGAGCUGCGGACAUGUCAUCCCGGCUACUUCCAGUGUGGCAGCGGACACUGUAUCGCUGAGCGUUUCAAAUGUGAUGGAAACGCAGACUGUCUGGACUAUACUGAUGAGAUGUCAUGUCCGACACGCUUUCCCAAUGGCACAUACUGCCCCCCGUUCCUGUUUGAGUGCAAGAACCACGUGUGUGUCCAGCCUCAGUGGAAAUGUGACGGAGACAACGACUGCGGAGACAAUUCAGAUGAGGAGCUACACCUCUGCUUGGACAUCCAGUGUGAGACUCCUUUCCGUUUCCGCUGUGAAAACAACCGCUGCAUCUACAGCCACGAGCUGUGUAACUCGGUGGACGACUGUGGUGACGGCUCCGAUGAGAAACAGGAAAACUGCCAAAGCCCCACUCAUGGUCCCUGUACAGAAGAUGAGUACAAAUGCAAUAAUGGACAAUGCAUCCCUCUGCAGUAUGCCUGCGAUGAUUAUGACGACUGUGGAGACCAGUCAGAUGAGCUUGGCUGUCACCAAGGCAGUGGGCACAUGUGCAGGGACAACAUCUGUGAACACAACUGCACCGACCUGACGGACGGAGGCUUCCUCUGCUCCUGCAGGUCCGGCUACAAGCCCAGAGAGACAGAGAAGCACACGUGUGACGAUGUGAACGAGUGUGAGGUGUACGGGACGUGCCCUCAGGAGUGUCAGAACACGAAGGGCAGUUACGAGUGCUUUUGUGCUGAAGGCUUUCAAUCGUUCGGGGAGCCGCACGGGACAGAGUGUGCCGCCCGGGGAAACCCACCAGUGCUGCUCCUGCCAGACAACGUUCGCAUCCGUCGUUUCAACCUGACGUCUGAGGAGUAUUCAGACUAUGUGGACAAUGCCGAGCACAUCCAGGCCCUGGAUUAUCUGUGGGACCCAGAGGGACAGAGCCUCAGUAUUGUGUACUGGACAGUGCUGGGUCGAGGCUCAGAGUUCGGCUCCAUCAAACGUGCCUACAUGACCACGUUCAACGACCACGGCAACAACCCGGUGAAAGAGCUGGAUCUGAACCUGAGAUACGUCGCUAAUCCUGACGGCAUUGCAGUGGACUGGGUUGGAGGGCACAUAUACUGGACAGAUUCUGGUACCAAUCGGAUUGAGGUGGCCAAACUGGACGGGCGGUACAGGAAGUGGUUGAUCCACACUGACCUCGACCAGCCUGCUGCUAUUGUUGUCAAUCCAUCACUCGGAAUGAUGUACUGGACAGACUGGGGCAGGAAACCCAGAAUAGAAUCAGCAUGGAUGGACGGUCAGAACAGAGCUGUGCUGGUGAAGGAGGAGGACCUGGGCUGGCCUACUGGGCUGGCUCUGGACUAUCUGAAUGGAAACAGGAUUUACUGGUGUGACUCCAAAGAGAACAUCAUCGAGUCCAUGAAUCAUGAUGGCACAGACAGAAAGAUCAUCAUAUCUGGAGAUAUUGGACAUCCCUACAGUCUGGACGUCUUUGAAGGUCACGUGUACUGGACGACAAAGGAGAAAGGGGAGGUGUGGAGGACGAACAAGUUUGGGAAAGGAAAUAAAGUCAAAGUUCUAACCAUCAACCCGUGGCUGACUCAAGUUCGAAUUUACCAGGAGCACCGACACAACCGCUCAGUGCUGAACCCUUGUAAGAACGUGUGCAGCCACCUCUGUCUCCUCCGGCCUGGCGGUUACACCUGCGCCUGCCCACAAGGAUCCUCUCAGGUGGAGUUCGACUCCAACGAAUGUGAUGCAGCCAUUGAGGCUCCUGUUCCAAUGCCCCUUGCAUGUAGAUGCAUGAAUGGUGGAACCUGCUACACCGAUGAAGGUGGUCUGCCCAAGUGCAAAUGUCCAUAUGGUUAUUUGGGCAGCUACUGUGAGAUGGGGAAGUCACGAGGAGCUCCACAAGGAACAGCUGUGGCUGUUUUACUGGCCGCCAUUAUCAUCCUGAUCACCGGAGCGUUGGCUGCCGGAGUUUUCAUCAACUACAAGCGAACGGGAUCCUUCAUCCCCUCCAUGCCCAAACUACCCAGCCUCAGCAGCCUGGUGAAGUCCAGUGACACCGGGAACGGGGUGACGUUUCGCUCGGGUGAUAACGUCGACCUUGGACCAGCACACAUUGGAGUGUCAUUCAUUGACACGGCCAUGCAGAUGGAGGAUAACUUUGCAGUGGACACUGGGAGGCAGCCAAUCACAUUUGAGAACCCAUUAUACGCCAGUGCUCCCGGGGUUUCUGGAGAUCCUGCUGUCAUUUAUGCCACACAGGUGACUGUUAAUGUGAGUGGUGAACAGAUGCAGAACAACUUUGUGAACCCGGCGUAUCACGUGGAUCAGAGCGUGGGCGUCGUCAACACGUCUUCAGUCAGCACCAAACCAGUUCCUGAGUCAAAGUGGAGCUUAUUCAAACGAAAAUUAAUGCCAAGCACCCCGUUUGAGAACCUGACGUAUUCAGAGAUGAAGGACGAAAAGCCUCAAAGCAGCUCCUCUGCCCCCGAGCCCUCUCUGUUCAUCCCCCCCGCCAAACCCCAGAGGAGGGAUCGUCCCAGCACCUUUUCACCGACAGAGGACACUUUCAGAGACACGGCCAACCUCGUCAAAGAGGACAGUGACGUAUAA